UGAAGUUGGACAUUCAAAUGAGAUGGCUGUUGUCUGGAAGUACUAUCUAAGGCUUGGACAAUGCAGUAGUUACUUUGCUAACAAACUGAAGGGGGGUUCUAUUUGAAUAGGAAACAGCUAAGAGCAGCAGAUGUAUGCAAGUGAAGGAACCAAUGGGAAAAUCACAGGCUAAGGAAAAGAAAGUGGUGUGGGAGCUAGCUUUAAAGGGAACCUGAAUUUGCACUAUCCCUCCCACUCGGGUGCAGCUCUUUUCUCCUUAUAUACACACACACAGCACACUUGGUGGGCAUUUUAUGUAUUCAUUCAAAGCAUUUAUAGCCCAAAUGCUAUUUUGUAGAAAAACUUCCAGAGUGGCUUACAAGUAAACAGAAAUAACAUCUAUAUAUAAUCCUACUUUGAAUACUGUUAAAACUCUAUUAUUAUAAAGAUCAAAUUCAAGCUACACAUAACAUGGUUUGAGGUGAAACUGGUGACUUGUUCAAGAGAUUAUUGCACUUGCUGCUUCUCUUCACUGUGGUUUUGACUUCUACAACUCUUGCAUUUAUUAGGUCUUGUAUGAGUUUUUGCAACGGCACGGUUUCCUCACAUUUCCUUUUCUUGUAUUUGAUACACCUGUUUCAGUUCUCCUGCGACCUUUAUCUGAUUAUCACCUUAAUAGUGGGAGGCUUUCUGCUUGGUGCGUAGUUCUUCUAUAUUGGGAAGAUCGGUGUGUUUGGCUUUCCAAACAGAAGAACAUUUCAGGUGUUGGUGUCAAGUGGCAUUUUCUGAGUUAAAAUUUUCCUUCCUCGUGAGCCAUAAAACUGAAAUACAAAAAGCAAAUUCUGGUCAUAUGAAAGGCAAUCAAAGUUGCAAUAGCAAGAAACAUGUUAAAGAGUAAAAUCGGAGACAAGUGGGGCAAAUUUAAAACAAAAUAAGGCUAAAAUUCAAUCAUGAACCUAGAGCAGCAUCCAUCCUUAUUUUGCCUGCACUAGAGAAUUUACGCAUAUAUCCAUUACCUUAUUCUACCACUUUAGUUGAUCAUGUUUAAUUUUGUGCUCAUAAUCUUGUCUCUGUGCAUAUCCUCUCCUUUCAUAACUAACCUGAUAAUAAUUAACCUGAGAUUUGUAGGUGCUAAAUUAAAUUAAGUUACUGAUUAUUUAAACAGAUAGCAAUUAGGAAGAUAAACACAAGACAGUCCUGCCAUAAGGAAAUACUGGACUGUCUUUUAACACUAGCAGACAAGACAUUUGCUAGAGAACUGGAUUUCAGAAUGCCGUCAGAACACUGGAUGGUAACACUAAAUAAAGUGUUCUAUCCGCUUCUAGCAAUAAUCGGGAUCCCAUCAAAUAUUAUGACAUUGUUCAUCUUGUGGCGAAAGAACUGUCGUAUUGCCCCUUCCAGUCGGUACCACCUCAUGGCCAUGUCCUUCUCAGACACAGUGGUCCUUGUUCUUUUCGUCCUCCUUGAGAUGGUCACAGAAUAUUUCAGUGAAAGACCAUUCUGGUACAAUGACCCCUGGUGUACCCUGCGGGAUGUUUUCUGUUAUGGUGCUGUCAACACUUCUGUCUGGCUGGUGGUCUCCUUCACCAUUGAGCGCUUUAUCACUAUCACCACCUUCAGGCUAAAGAUGAGAAUCUGUUCUGCCAGGAACACACUGUAUGCUAUUGGUGUGAUCCAUUUCUGCAGCUACAUUGUGGCCAUCCCCCAUUACUGGUCAAACUAUUCGGCGGUGGAGAAUGCUACAGGACUUUCUAUCUGCAAGUAUAACCCUAAGCUCUCCAGAACAUAUGUUGAAGCGCUUGUGUGGUUUCAGACUUCUCUGCUCUAUAUUAUCCCAUACACCAUCAUCAUCACCUUGAACAGCCUCAUUCUAAGACAGAUAAUGCGCCAUAACAAAGUGCACUGUCUCUCUCGAGAGAUGUUGCAUAGAACCCCACCUAAAACCCACUUAGGGAAACCAAAAAAGAAGUCCGUUAUCCUCCUGGUGACCGUUUCAAUGACAUUUGCCUAUCUCUGUACCACAAGGUUUGUUACCCAAAUCAUCAUCAAGACCUGCUACUAUGACAUAGAAAGGAAAGAUUACUCCAAGACCAUAAACGUUGUGGCAGAUAUAGGGACCAUGCUGGAAAUGACCAACACUGCUGCCAAUAUGUAUCUCUAUGCCUGCACCCAAUCUGCCUUCCGAAGGGAGCUUAUCCGGUAUCUGAAGAUCAUCGUGCAUCCCUGGCAAGCAAAAAGAAAAACCCUACCUGUUGUUUUCCAGGCAUAGAACAACAUACCAUCCAACAGAGAUGUUCUGAUACAUCUAUUUUGCAGCUGAGUCAGGCCACCUGAGCUCUGCCUUCAGUGCUCUCGCAAGUGGGAAGAUGCAACUGGUUCCAUGUCCCAAUGGCUCACAGCUUCAGCCUACCUGGAUGCCUGAUUUUCAGUGACAGCAGCAAAGGCACCCAAAUGGAUGAGUUUCUCCCAUGAUUCUGAAACAAUUUGCUGGACCAUUACCAAUCCACUGAUACAUAUAUUUUCACACUGCCUCCCAUUAUUUAAACAGCCUCUGCACGUACACACACAAACACCACAAGUACCAGCACCGUCUGCUUCAUUUCAUCACCAACCUCCUACUCUUUCAGGCAGAGAGGUCUUUAUUUGUGAACCGCCCUGAGAUCUUUUGAUGAAUGGCGGUAUAUACGGUGAAUGUAAUAAAUAAUAACAUCAACAACAACAGUACCAUUGUUACAGUAAGUGCACUUUUAACAUUUGCGGGGGGCGGGGAGUGCUGGUACUGCAUACCCUUGCGUACCCCCAGAAAAGAAGCACUGAAUAAUAAUAACUAUAACUCUGCAUUCUGUGUAGCUGAAGCCCAGCCUAAAAUAGCAGCAGCCCACUGCCUGAAGUAGCGGAAGCCGAUGGUGCUGACUUUGCUUCUUGUAGAGAAAUCUGUUUCUUCCUCCCACACACUACUAAUAACCCUUACUUUUGCUCAAUAAUGUGUACCUUUCUGACCACAAUACAGAUCUAAACAGCACAGCCCUGACACUGGAAGCAGAAAUCAUGGAUUAAAUGGCCGCCUCUCUGCCCUUGUACUUGAUUCCUGUGAGAUUUAACACCCACAUGCUUUAUUAAUGCUGAACAAACAUACAGGGAAGCGGGGAGGGAAAUAUAUUUGUACUAUCAGUUCCCCAUACAUUUAAUUUCCUGUAAGACUGCCGUUCUUUCCUCUGUUGCCAAGAAUAUGCUUGCUGGGAAACACGAAGGAAAAGAUGGUUAUUGGCAUUGUGAAAGGAAGGAAGAAGGGGUGUUGGUAGAUACUUAAAAGAACCUGGCACAAUUUGUAAACAGGGAUGCGAACUUAGGCUUUCAGGGAGGGCAGGGGAUGACAGAUGCUGGUUCUCAUCCUGAACUAUGGGACAUGAACAGGAUUUUCUCCUCCCAGUACGUAUGUGGAUUGGGACCUCUGCAAAUUAAAGUGGUGAGUGGCUCAGUUCUCACUGGCACUAAGCUUUGCA